CGGGAUUCAGCGGGCGGGAAGUCAAGACCAGGUGUUAAAACCUUUCCACCCAGAGAAGCCGGGUGCUCUGAAGUCUCGCGAGAUCCUGGCGGGGCCCAAUGGAACGCGGGGCCCGGCUUAUCACUAGGGGCCUUUGUUGGGGGCGGAGUCCUGACGCUCGCUGGCCGGGAGUCGGUGCCGGGCGUAGUGGCGUUUAGGCCGAGCUGCCGCUGCGAGCGGCGAGACCGUGGCCAUGAAGGAGGAGAAGGAUCAUAGGCCCAAGGAGAAACGAGUAACCCUAUUGACCCCCCCGGGGGCCACAGGCAGCGGCGGCGGGGCUUCGGGGGACUGCCCCAAAGGGGAUGAUAAACAGGAUCGAAACAAGGAGAAGAAAGAAGCUCUGAGCAAGGUGGUAAUUCGGAGAUUACCUCCCACUUUGACCAAGGAGCAGCUUCAGGAACAUCUUCAGCCUAUGCCUGAGCAUGAUUAUUUUGAGUUUUUUUCUAAUGAUACUAGUCUGUAUCCUCAUAUGUAUGCCAGAGCAUACAUCAACUUUAAAAAUCAAGAGGACAUCAUUUUGUUCAGGGAUCGCUUUGAUGGUUAUGUAUUCCUUGACAAUAAAGGUCAGGAAUAUCCUGCUAUAGUAGAAUUUGCACCUUUUCAAAAAGCUGCAAAAAAGAAGACUAAGAAAAGAGAUACCAAAGUUGGGACUAUCGAUGAUGAUCCAGAAUAUAGAAAAUUUUUGGAAAGUUAUGCUGCAGAUAAUGAGAAAAUGACAUCUACUCCAGAGACACUGCUGGAGGAAAUAGAAGCAAAAAAUAGAGAAUUAAUAGCUAAAAAGACAACCCCACUUUUGAGCUUCCUGAAAAACAAGCAGAGAAUGAGAGAAGAAAAAAGAGAGGAAAGACGGAGGCGAGAAAUAGAAAGAAAAAGGCAAAGAGAAGAAGAAAGGAGAAAAUGGAAAGAAGAAGAAAAACGAAAAAGAAAAGAUAUAGAAAAGCUAAAGAAGAUAGACAGAAUUCCAGAAAAGGACAAAUUAAAGGAUGAACCAAAGAUUAAGGUACACAGGUUUCUGUUACAAGCUGUGAAUCAGAAAAAUCUGCUCAAGAAGCCAGAAAAAGGAGAUGAAAAAGAAUUGGACAAAAGAGACAAAGCAAAAAAAUUGGACAAAGAGAAUCUGAAUGAUGAAAGAGCUUGUGGGCAAAGUUGUUCCUUGCCCAAACGUCCCGACGGUGAACUUAAAGAAGAAAAGCCUAAGAGACCUGAAGAUGAAAUCAGCAGAGACUAUAGGGAGAGAGACCGGGAUUAUGAGAGAGAUCAAGAGCGCAUCAUGCGGGAAAGACUGAAGCGGCAGGAAGAAGAACGCCGUCGGCAGAAGGAACGCUAUGAGAAAGAGAAGCCUUUUAAAAGAAAGGAAGAAGAAGUAAAAAAAGAGAAGGAAUUACUUCGUGAUAAAGGAAAAAAGCCUGAAAGUGCAGAGUCUGUAGGUGGCUCAGACAAAACUGAAAAGAAAGAGGAAGUGGUUAAGCGAGAUCGGAUAAGAAACAAGGAUCGCCCUGCAAUGCAGCUUUACCAGCCAGGAGCUCGAAGCCGAAAUCGACUCUGUCCCCCUGAUGACGGCACCAAACCUGGAGAUUCAGUGGUAGACAGAAAGCAGGAAAGUGGUAUUAGCCAUAGGAAAGAAGGAGGAGAAGAGUGAUAAGUCCAUAUGGCCUUAGGUGUCCUGUCUAGGCAGCCAAAGAGCACAUAUUAAGCAAUCCAGAAGUGCCUUCAGGGCAAAGGAAUAGAGAGAAAGAAAGGGGGUCGCUGUGCUGGUGGGGGUACACUGCAGAGGAGUAUGUUUUGCGUCAAAGCAGGAACCGGAUUGCAGGUUCAGAUUGGAAGUACAUUUUCAUUGUUUAUGCAGUUCCUACAAAUUAAUUUUAAGCUGUUGGCAAAGAUGAUGGAGAGGACAUGCAUUACAAUUUGUAGGCAGGAAACGUCAAGUGAGGACUUAAUUAGGUAUGAUAUGGGAAGGACAUAGAGAGCUGGCUCUGAAAUCAAAAGAUUUUGUUAAUCCUGGAUUGAAUUUUCUUAAUUUGAGUGGAACAGAGUCACUUUGAAGUCUUGUUCAUGUCUAGUAAUAGUCAUUGUUGGUGGUAACUGUUGACUUUGUGUAGUAUAAAUACAACAAGCAUGUGAUCGUAGUUCAAAUAAAGUGAAUAUAACAAAAUUUCGCUUAUGCAAAAAUUUAAAUCACAUCAUGUCUCUAUCCUAAAGUAUUAGGAUUAGUUUUAGUUUUUUGUUUGCUUAUGUAAGCUUAGCAUAAAGAAUAUUUUUAAACAUCGUUUGCCUUUGGCAAUUUUUAUAUUAAUCAGAAAGAUGUAACCUUUGUUUGGUUCUUGACAAUCCAGUCUUUGUUUUACCUUAGGUCUCGUGAUGUGAGUGCAUAACCUCUCCAGGAAGGAAACUGCACCAGUAUUUGUUCCUGUUAAAAUACAACUACCUUGUUUUGUAUUGUUGUCAAUAAAGAUCAGCACCA